AUGGAUAAAGAGCAUUUAGACUCUUCACGUUAUCGACAGGAUGAUGGUACCAUAAGUGACGAUUCGCAAUCAGAGGACGUGCAUGAGUUACAAAAUAGCGAUUCUUUAUUUGAAGUUAAUGACUUGUCUAGUCCCUUUUCUACGCUCACGGAUCCGAGUGAACUCGAAAAUCAAAAUUCAAAUGAUAACUAUGAAGACGAGGACGAAGAAUGUUUAGAACCUUUUGGGUAUGAGCUAUUAUCUCAAGACGAUGAUGUUUUGUCACAAACCGACGAGCUUCAGGAUGAAAAUCACCUCACUCCAGAAAAUUUGCAGAUUUAUACAUCUGAAGAGGAAAGGAUACCGGAUGACGAUCUGACUGCCAUUAAUUCAAUAAUGAAAAAUAUUCAAAUUCCCGAUUCGGCGAUACCAGAAUGGGCCAAAGUAAUUCCCGAAGAAGCUUGGUUACCUGUGAUUAUAAAUGGAAACGAAAUUAAAAAAUUUUCCGAUUCUUAA